CUAAUCACUCUAGACUCUAGAACGGUAAAGUAGUCUGCUAUUUUUAUUGAGAAUGAAUAGGUGAUUUUUCUGAUUUCCGUACGGUCAGUAACUUAUGAAAGGUUCCAAUUUCAGUGUUGAAUUUCAUGAAAAUAUUUGUCAUACAGCUUCAUUCAGACUAAAAAAUUGAAUUUCAGCCUUGGAAUCCAGUAAACACAUGCAAACAUGGGUUUCAAAAACAAAUUUAUCACAAUACUAUUAUCCAUGGUGAUGGUAACCAGUUCGAAUGCUGGCAACAUCUUGUGCAUCAUAGUUUUCCCUGCAUACAGUCAUCAACAACCUCUGCUAGCCCUUUCAGAAAAACUCGCCAGAAGGGGACAUAAUCUCACUGUGCUGACCACUGAUCCACCCAAGAAACCAAUUCCCAACUACACUUACAUAGACAUGUCUAGUGCUUACAAAAAUCUCAAGGAGAUGGAUGAGAAGUUUGGUUUCAACCUUCAACGAGAAAUGUCAGCAGCCGAAAUCUUCAAGAAACUACCUCAGGUUUUCUCAGAACUUUGUGAUUAUGAGUUGGGCCUUCCUCAAGUUCAAGCAUUCAUUGGUAAAGCAGCCUCUAUGAAGUUCGACGCUGUGUUGAUAGAGAACCAAUACUACAGCAGCUUCCAUGGACUGACUCACAAACUGGGUUCUCCGCCGGUGAUCGGAGUGCACACAUUCGUGCCGUGGUCGGCCCUCGACGAGUUCAUGGGAGUCAAAGUGAACCCUUCCUACAUGCCUCACAUCUUCUCUCAUCAUAGCGACUCGAUGACCUUCCUUGAAAGAUGUUUCAACACGUUUUUGUACUGGUAUAAUUGGUAUCUGGUCGAGUACGAGCUGUUCCCUUAUCAAGAGGCCAUUCUCAAGAAAUACUUUGGGACGAACACACCAUCAGCGAGGGAAAUGGAGUUCAACAAGAGCUUGUUGCUGGUACCAGCUGAUCUGUCCGUCGCUUACCCAAUGAGUAUUCCUCCGAACUAUGUCAGAACGGGAACGUUCCACAUUCAACCUUCUCCUGAGCCUCUUUUAAAGGAUUUGAAACAAUGGAUUGACGCAGCUGAACAAGGCAUUGUCUACUUCAGUCUGGGAAGUAACAUGCAGGGAACUUCUGUUCCUCGAGAAAAACGGGAAAUAUUUUUCAAAACCAUCAGGAGAUUUCCGAAGAUAAGAUUCUUUUGGAAAUAUGAAGCUGAGUCUCCACUAUCAAAUGUGCCUUCAAACUUGUUGAUUAGAAAAUGGUUCCCGCAACAGAGUAUUCUAGUUCACCCGAAAUGCCGGAUUUUCAUCUCGCAAGGCGGCCUGCAGAGCACGGAGGAGGCGAUCUAUUACGCUGUGCCACUUCUGGUCAUACCCUUAUUUGCUGAUCAGCCACAUCAGGCUGCUAAAAUAGAGAAGGAGGGAGCCGGUCUGUCUCUCUUGCUUAGCAGAUUGACGGAGGACAAUUUUUAUGACGUCAUAAGCAGCAUGCUCACUGACCCAAAGUUCAAAUCAAACAUGAACAGACUAUCGUCGUUAUCGAAAGAUCAGAUGGUUCCCGCCCUGGAUGAGGCGGCCUGGUGGGUGGAGUACGUCAUAAGGCACAAGGGAGCCAGGCAUUUGCGGCCACAAAAUCUCAACAUGAACUGGAUCCAAGUGCAGCUCGUCGAUGUGUAUGGUGCAAUUGUCGCUGCCGCACUAUUCGUUCUCUACAUAAUUUACAAACUCAUCAAGAGCAUUGUUGCCCUUAUUCCUUUGGGCAAGAGUAAGAAAGGGAAGAAAGCGAAGAGUAAAAGAUCGUAAAUCUACAGAUUCGAUUUGUAUCGUUAUCAGUUUAAUAAAUAGCCUCAAGAAUAGUGGCCUAAUAAUUUUGCAUGAAGUUUCUUGACUAUUCCAUCCUCACCUAAGAAGAUUUGAGCUGACUUACUAAUGGCGAUUUUUCC